AACCACAGAAUUCAUCAAAAGUUGUAUUGAAAUGCUAUUCAAAUCAUACGCUUCUCCGGAAAUUCUCGUCCCAGUAGUGGUUCUUUCGGUUAUAAUCAUGUGUUUUAUUAUAUUUUACAUAUGGAGACGUAUCCGACUCAAUGGCCACAAGAAGUCACAACUGGAAGCACUCACAUCCAAGCCUUCGACAUCUCAUAUGUAUACCGGAGUGAAGGCUUCGCAUACCAUCGAGUUUAUCGUACCGACGGUUACUCUCAAAUGCUCGGAGCCAUCGUUUUCGGUUACCGAAGAGUCCGACUCGGAUUGUCUACAAUUGGCUAACAAUUAUGAUCACAACGGUAUGAGAAAACGCAAUUCUCGGAUUCAAAUCAAUGAAAACGAGAUCAGCAAAAGUCUUUACGAAGAAGUGCCACAAUUGCCACAGCAAUCACCAGAAAUCAGUUUUGUUCUUCACUAUAGUUUUGUUAGACAACAACUACUUGUUACACUAUUGUCUGCAAAAAAUCUUUAUCUCAAACGAAGUCAUUUGAAUCCAUUUGCAAAAGUAGUUCUUUUGCCGGAAAAGAAUCCAAAACUAUUGACUAAAGUCAAGAAAAAUACAACAAAUCCCGUAUUUAACGAACUUUUCAUAUUUCAAGCGCAAAGAAAUACUUUGGACGAUAGGGUCUUAAAGAUCACUGUUUAUAGUUCCGACUCAUUCUCGCGAAAGAAUGUCAUCGGAAGAGUUGUGUUUCCAUUAAAAACAGCAGAUAUUGACAGUAAUAUUAGCAGAGAUGUCAUGACUGAAGACAUUACUUGUUUGCUUAGAGAAAGCAAACCAUUUGGUGAACUACUUUUGUCACUCAAUUAUGAGACCAAUUCAUCGACACUAACUUUGGGCGCAUUAAAAGUUCGCCACAUAUUUGACAAAGAAAUCCAAACAAUUUAUAUGAAAGUUGUUUUGUUUGUUAAACGAAAACGAAUUAAAAGUCGAAAAACAAGUCUCCAUAGAGUUGAGACUGAAAUCAAUUUCGAUGAUAUGUUUCACGUAAAUGUGGCCAAAGAGACACUCAAUGAUCUUAUAAUCAGUAUUAGUGUAUAUGGAAAGUCAAACACAUACGUUAACAAACACAUAUUGGGCCGAACACAUGUGGGACAGUUAUGUCCAUCAGCUCAGGGAAUACAACACUGGACUGAAAUGUGUCUUCAUUAUAACGAAACCAUCAGUCAAUGGCAUAUAUUUUCAUAA